AAUUGUAUUAUUGCCUUGUCAAUUAUUGUGUAUAAGGAAUUAUUUCAAACAAAUUGUUUACAUAUUAUAUCAUAUUCAUUCAUAGUUUAACAUUGAUUCAUAAGUGAAAAUUUAUGGAUUAUUUAAACUAGAAAGAGGUCAACGAACAAAAAUAAUUCCUUCCAUAUAUAAUCAUAAACAAAUAGAAUAACAAAUGUUUCUGUUCAAUCAACAGUGAAUAUCCGAACUCGUGAUAAGAAAAAAUGCUGGGGCGUGUGAGGAUAAUCUAUUUGGUUGAACUAAGAUUUUGUCUUUUUCAAAUUUUUCAGCAUCACAAGUGCUGAUCCACAUGUCGGAGAUAUAUUCCAACCAUUUCAAAUGAUUAUUCAAUAAAGUUUUGUACAUAAUUUCUUGUUUGUAAAUUAUUAUUUAACUUCAAUCUUAUUACUUAUCAUAACUGCAUAUAUAACAAUGAAAUUACAAUCUGUACAGAAUACUUCUAGAACAAAUAUUAUGAGAAAAAAAAGAGAACGUAAACGAAGUAAAGUGUCACAUUCUGUGACGUUAUCCCCUUGUUUGGUAUUGUCUUCAUCCUUAGAGCAAACAAAAUCAAUAAAUGAUGAAUUGAGUGAAAAUCGUGUUAAUCAAAGGAAAGAAAGGUCUCGUUUAGCUGCACAAAUCAGACGUAAUCGUGAAGGUCAAAGUUUAAUGCUAAUACAAAAUGCUCUACCAAUAUCUUCUCAUGUUCUAGGAUUAAAUUUAAUUCAACAGAACUCAAAAUCAUCUAAUUCGAUCAAUGGAACAAAACAAAUAAAUCAACCAUCAGAAAACAAUAAUAUGAUUACUCCAGGUACAGUUGGACGUGAACAGAAGAAGACUGCCUAUUUUAACUCGUCAGUAUCGAACACAAUGACAGGAUUUUUAACAAAAACAUCAACAGCUUCAACUACAGAAACAUCUUUGUGCACAAUUUCUAAUAUACCUUCAGCUAUUAAUUUAGAAAAGGCUAGAGUACUUCGUAUUGCUGGACAUACAUUAUUUCUUCUUAACAAAUUGUCUUCCUAUCUUAGAUUACAAGCAAAACUUUAUUUAAGUUUAAAUAGUCAAUCAGUAUAUGGUAUGUUAAUUGAUUCAAAAGAAAUGAGAAUUGCUUAUGUAACACCAGCUUUAUCUAAAGCUAUUGGUUGGUCAUGGAUAAAACUUUUAGGUGCUCCUUUACAUAAACUAAUAAAAUCGACAGGAACAUCUGAAAACUCCACAGAGACGAUCACGAAAUUAUCAUCUACAUCUCAGCAUUCUUCAUUAAUUUUACCAUCUCACUUCAAUACAACAAUGAAAGCUCCAAUUACUCAUUCCUUUUAUCCUAUUCAUCAUGAAGCUUCUUGUAUGAAUCCUACUUCUCAUAAUAGUAACAAUGAAUGCAUUAUUAAUACUACUACUGAUAAUGAGUUUAUUUUACCUGAAUUUAUCACUUUAUUAAAAUCAAACUCAAAUGAUCAACAUUUAUUGUGUACAUCAAAAAAUAGUAAACUGGAUGAGACAAUGUUGAAUUCUUCUUUGAUGUCGGAUAAUAAUAAUAGUACCACAUUUUCUAAUGUCAGUGAUAUAAAUAGAAAUGGAUUUAUUGGUAACAUUACAAAAACUCAUAAAAUAAUCAAUACUGAUCAUUCAAUCAAUCAUAAAAUGAACAUUAUCAAUAAAUCAAUACGAAAAUCUUCAUCUACACCAUUGAUAUCAUCUAAAUUAGUAUUAAAUAGAUUUAUACCUGGAAAUACUAUUGAUAAUAAUAAUUGUAAUUCUGAUGAUAUAAAUGAUUAUGAUCCAUUGAAUAAAAAAUCAUUCCCUCAAAAUAAUAAUGAUAAUGAAUUGAUAUGUUACUGUUGGAGCAAAUCCAUGAUCAAUAUAUUUACUGACAAUUCAACUGGAUUGAGUGAAAUUUUGAAUUCAUUAGAUGAAUGUGAUGUAAAUAAUAUUUCCACUGAUGAUAGUAACUAUAUCAAUGGUGAUAAUGAUGAUUAUGAUGAUAAAUCCCUGUUAAAUAAUGAAUUAUUGGAUAUAUUAAUGAACGAUGCAUUUUCACCAGAUUCUUUAACUUUUGAGUCUUCAUGGAGUGAUUCCAACCCUUCUUCCACAAUCAAUAAUCCAUGUAAUUCAUGUGAUGGUUAUAAUGAGCUCAGUUCAACCUUGUCUACUGGAUUGUACUUAUGUCUUUUACAGCCUGUAUGUAAUAAAAUUUCAUCAUUUGAAGAUUUAACAAAUCGUGUGGAUUCCAUAAUCAACGAUACUGAAUAUAAUCAUAAUAACAUUAUUAGUAAUGAUAGUAACGAUAACAACAUUAAUGGAGAAGUAAAUCAAAAUAUUCUCUUAGAUCCAUCUGUCCAUAUACUUGAAGAUUUACAAAAGUCAGCUACUAAUGAUAAACAGGAUUCAUCAAUUUCUUUUGAGUUACAUAAUAACAUCAAUAUUAUGCAGUCAGAAGAAUCAUUAAUGGAACUAUCCGAUAUCGACACGACAUCAUCAUCAUUAUUAAAUGGAUCGACGUCAAUGAAAAUUCCUUCACUUGAACAAAAAAAGGAAUGUAUAAAAUCAAAAUCUUUCCAGUGUCAUACAUAUUUAAAUUGUGCUUUAACAAUAAAAAUGGUUCAAGGAAAUUACACAGACUGUUUUGAUAUUGAAGAUCAAAGUGAUAUAGUCGAUUAUUCUUAUCUUGAAUUUAUUCAUCCUGAUGAUCUACAAAAUGUUAUCACUAUUUUUACUAGAACAACUCAUACAAAUUCUCUGGCAUGGAUCAGUCCAUACAGAGUAUCAGCACAUAAUAAAACGGUAAACAAUAAUACUGAAAAAUCUUAUCGUUGGAUACGUAGUUUAGUAUCGUAUGACAAAAUGAAAAAUAUUUUCAUAUGUUCCAAUCAGUUUCUUGGAUUAUGUGAAUUAUACGAUUGCGCUAUUGGAUCGAAUCAAAGAUUAUUAAGUGUAACUUUUGAAAAUUCAUUUAAACAAUUUGAAUUAAAAAUCAAUAAUACUCUUAAUAACAGUAAUAUCUCUUCUCAAAACUUUAUGAAAACAUUCAAUUAUGAUCCUUCAAAUGAAUCUUCAAUUAAUUCUCGUUAUCAUCAACAGUCAAAAAGUAAACAAGUUCGUAUAUCUAAUUCAUCAAGUCGUUCUGUACGCUUAAAGAAACCACCUACAUCAUUAGUUAUUAAAAAUAGUAAUAUUAUUAAACCUAUCAAAUUGUUUCCAUUUCAAUCUUCUCAAUAUAUAAAACGACAAUCAGGACAAGGAUAUAAUCAAACCAUUUCUGGAAAUAAUCAAAUUAGAUCUAUUAGACUACUUCCAUUUACUACUACUAAUAAUAAUAAAGUGCCUUGUUUAUCUUAUUUGAAUACACAUUUAUAUGAUAGUUCUAAGGCUAAUGAUAAUAGUUAUACUAGACAAACUAAUUCUGUAUUAAAUAUUUCCACAACCAAAUCUUCAUUGUAUCAUUCUCCUUCAAAUGUAUCAUCAGUUCCAUGUUAUGUAAAAUCUAUGUUACCAGUGGUGAACUAUACAUCAUCAUCUUCAAAAAAGUUAAUUUUCUUAUCUUCCGCUUCAUCGUUACCAUCAUCCAUUUCAAUAAAUAAACUACGAACAUUUAAUACAUCUAAUAUAUUUAGAAAUAAAUGUCGAAACGACAAUAAACGAGGUAAAUAUAUUGAAUAUUCAGCAAUAUCCCAAGACAAAAAUCCUACAUCUUUACAUUAUAAAAAUAAUAUUCCUUUCUCAAAUUCAUCAAUAAAUGAUCUUUACAAUCAAAUGAUUUUUAGCAUAAUAGUAUCUAGUCCCGAGAUUCUGAAAAUCGCAUCAUUUACCUUCAUAGUGCAAUACGAGUUAUCUAGUUAAGCAGCUUUAUGGAAAAAUCUAAUUAACAAAACCGAAUCAACAUGAAUGAAAUUCAAGAGUUCACAUUUAUUAUAUGAGUCGUGUGCUUAACCAUAGUUAUUUAACUAUUAGAUGUAACAUGAAUAUAAAACAGUUUAUUGUUUCUAAUAUUCAAGUAAUACUUUUGAUUACACAAAACAGAUAUUUGGUCCUGACAAAAAUAAAACAUCAAACCCAAUCACAUUAACUGUAAAAACUGUUUGUCAUGAUCAUCAAUGGAAUUCUGGAGAUAAUUGGUCACCAUCUUUAAUAGAUAAUUCAUCACCUCAUUCAGUAUAUUCAUCUCAUGGAUCAAGUACAUCAAUUAGUCUUAGUCCAAAUGAACAAAAUCUAACAGAUUUAAAUGUGAGCAUGCAAAUGGAAGCUACUGUUAGUGAAUUAUUAGAAUCAACACCAUUAUCGAACAAGUUAUCGUAUGAUAAUGAUGGAGUGCAAAUGAACAUAGAUUUUAAUGGUAAUUCAAAUGAUUCAAAUACAUUUGAGUAUGAAGACUCAGAACUAUCACACUUGGAUUCUGAUUUUGAAAGUAGUGAAAAUUUUACUGGAUUUCAACUAGAUUUGAUAUCUGAUUCAAAUGUUCUUAAUAGCCCUGUUUAAAGAAAUAAAAUGAAUCUACCUAAUUCAACCAAAACAAACCCUUCAUUGGAAUGAUGAAAGAAGCUUGAAUUCUAUUUUCAGUUACAACUUCUUAGUAAACUACUACUAAUAUCUGUUCAAAGUGAAUGCACUUCGAUCAUCAUUUCAUGACUGCAUAUUUUUUAGCUUUAAUUUAAAAGGAUAAGUAUCGUGACACUACUUAUUUACUGAAAGUGAAAAAAACUACCCUGUCUUUUUUUUAAAUAUCCUUACUCCUUUGAUUCAUACUUCCCUACCUACCUACCUACCUAUCUAUAUAUUUAUGUAUCUACUUAAUUACCUUACUUACAUAACUUAUUUAUCUGUAUAAUUUACAUCAAUGUUAACCCGGCAUUGUUAGUCCAAAAGUGAAGUUGUUGUUUAAGAAAAUGUGUAGUAAUGUAUACAGAAGUGAUUUUGAAUAAGACGGAGAAAAAUCAGCAAAAUCCUGCUGAAUAAGAUCAAACUAUUUUUUAUUCAACGACUUCUUGUGAGGAGAGAAUACAAGAGAGAGAAAGAGAGGGGGGACAUAAAGAAGGACUGUGAAAGAAAGUUGAAAUAAACAUAGAUUAGGAACAAUUGUAAAAAGGAAUUGGAAUUUAUAAACUAUCGUGGGAUCUAGGAGAAACUAAUUGAUACCAAAAAAUGGUUGCAUUUAUAUUGAUUUACAUGAAAUUACUUUGUCAAUGAUGAUUGGUAUCAACGUAAAUAAAAGAAUUUACAAUUCAACACAUUACUGAUGUACUUUAAACUUAUGACAAGUAAGGAAAUUCAAAAGAGAACUUAGUUAUUUAUUUUGAAUGUAUCGAUCAAAUGAUACCUAAAAAAGCAUAUAUAACCAAGAUUUUCGCUUGACAAUAUAACUUAUUUCAGAACGUCCCUCCUUGUAUUGAUAAAGAUUUGUGAUAAGUCCGUGUAAGGCUAAAGUAAUGUGGAUAAUAAGUGGUGCUUGAGUAACAAAAUAUCAGUGUCUCAGUUGGAUCCAUUAAGUACUAUAGUCUUAAAUAAUUUAUGUAUUAAAACUUUAUUAACCUUUUGUUAUCCUAAAAUAUUCGUGUAAGUCGAUAUUUUCAUGCUUAUUAGUUUGUUAUUACAUGUUAGACAUAGGAACAUAAAAUAUGUAAGUCUCUUUACUGUAUUGGAUUGAUUAUAAACGAGAACAUUGAUGAUGAUUUCGAUAUCAAUAUGAAAAAUAACUUCUAUUUCUCUUAAAAGCUCCUAAUCGUCACAUUUGUGAUCAUUAUUACAGCAAAUGAACUAGAUUUUCCCUUCAUAACGAAUACUUCACAAACUACUACGUACAUGCGCUGAAAGGAUAACAAAAGAAUUUAAGUUGUAAAAAGAAGAGGAUGUAAUUGUGAUAUAAUUUAAAUCAUAAUAUAAGAUGUAGAUCAAUGGUGUCAGUAUGAUGAAAUCAAGUCAUUAUUUCCAAACCAUACUAAUUAUCUCAUGCAAUAACAGUAAUACAAAAGUAAUCAUUCCUAGGAAUUUAUUAACAAUUAAGAAAGCAGCUUAGAAUAAUAGUUUAAGAAGAACAGGUAAAGGGUUUAAAAAAACACACAACGGAAAACUGAGAAGAAAAGACUAUAUUAAAAAGUUUUUAACACAAGAAAGUCUAUACACAUCAUAUAAGAUAGAGGAACGAAAUGAAGAUAUAAUAGAAUAUGACAAUACAAUAUUGUUGAAUGAUACUAUUUCUUUUUUCCAUUUCAUCAAAAUAAUUCUCAUCAAAUGAUCGUCAUGGACAUAAAUAUCAUUAACAUUAAAGAUGAAUAUAUUAGUGAAGUAUAAAAUGGAAUAGAAAAUAUUGAAACAUUGAUUAGAAGACCUAUUUCGAAGAUUCUUCUUUUUCUUCUUUAGAAAGAAUAAUAUUACAGUGAAAUAAAUUCUAUGGAAUAAAUAGAUUUUCACUGGCAUAUAAAUAAUAAUAGGUAACAUGAAAGGUGUUCAUACUUGUUUCUGGAGGGGAAAAAAUUCACUUCUUUUCAUUUCUUUGACAACAUUCAGUAGUGCGGCAGAGAGAGAGAGAGAAUGAUGAAAAAUGUAACUGUACAUUAAACAUAAAAAUUAUGCAUACUUAUUAUUUGACAUUCAUUUAAUAUCAUAUACAGAAUAUAUAUUCAAAUACCAUAAAAUGGAAUAAAACACUAAUCAAUACUAUCAUUGGAAGACAGAGAUAUUUUAAGUAGAAGAUGGAGGAAAACAGACUAUCAUCAAGAUAUAUAUAUAUAUAUAUAUAUA